AUGGUUUCGCUACUCCAGGAUCAAUCCAAUAUUAAAUUUUCAUCUUCGGACACUCUGGAAAGAGAUCAACAAGACUUCAUGAAGACACAGGGGGAUUCAAUAUCCCCAGUUCAGCAAAGUGAUAAUCUCAGUUACAGCUGCCAACCAUAUGAGUCAGACGUCAGGACAGAAAGGAAGAGCUCAGAGUCUUCUCACAGCCCCAGCCCUGCUUCCCCAGCCCAGGAUCAAAUUCAUGGGAGAUACCCUACAAACCAAGGAAUUCACUGCGGCAAGAACAAAUUCAAAGCAUCUUUCAGUACUGAAAAAUUCAGGAGAUACAGUUACGAGGAAAACACUGUAGGAAGCUACGACCGGUUCCUCAAGAGCAGCAGGAACCCCUUCCACCCUUACAAGAGGCAGAUCAGCGAAGAUGUUUUCCAGGAAGCACACCAAGCCCUCCCAUCAGAAGCUUCACCUUUUAAAAAUCAUAGAAGCAUCGAUGGUUUUGAGGGUCUAUCAGGAUCUACAGGUCCUGACGAGUCAGAGUCAUUUCCCACGCACAUCCCAGACAUCUCCACGGAGCAACCAUGGUGUAACAGCCUCCAGUACAGCACCACGGGUCAGGAUCACAGCUCUCAAGUCAUGCAGGAUUCAGACAUGAAGCUUAGGACAUCCCCACUGGAAGGGCAGCCUGGUUUGUACUGCUACCAGCCUCAAGUGCAGCAGAUGUAUUGCCCCUCACACCCUUUCCAUCAGUAUCCCUCAGGAGGCAGCUACCCUGUGACUUACAUUGCUUCUUCACACUACCCUUACCAAAGAAUCGCUCCUCAGAGCAGUCAAGAAUCCCAGCAGCCUCUGUUUCCCAAGCCCAUCUACUCCUACAGCAUCCUGAUCUUCAUGGCUCUCAAAAACAGCAAGACAGGGAGUUUGCCAGUCAGUGAGAUUUACAAUUUCAUGACGGAACACUUUCCUUACUUUAAGACAGCUCCAGACGGCUGGAAGAAUUCUGUGCGCCACAACUUAUCUUUGAACAAGUGCUUUGAGAAAGUUGAAAACAAGUCAGGCAAUUCCUCUCGGAAAGGCUGUUUGUGGGCUUUGAAUCCAGCCAAGAUUGAUAAGAUGCAGGAGGAGCUACAGAAAUGGAAGAGGAAAGAUCCAGUUGCUGUAAGGAAGAGUAUGGCAAAGCCAGAAGAACUUGACACCCUGAUAGGCGACAAGAGUGAGAAGCUGAGAUCUUCCCUCAUGUCCUGCAGCCCGACGGGCGUUGCAGGUGCCUCACUUUCCAGGCAGAUGGCAGCCCAAUCCCAUUCCUUAUGCGAGCCCUCCCUCUCCUCCGGGAUCCCACAGCCAUUACACAGCAUCCACGCCUCGGGAGCUCUGCAUGCCAAGAACGCUUUACCCAAUUUACUGGGAGGGCAGCAGCCUCCGUGCUACACAUCCCCACAGGGCUUCCCCCAAAUCCCAAAUGCACUGAUGCAGCAGACACCGGACGCUCAGAGCCUGUUUCCUUCUGGGGAGGCUCAAAGCGAGCUCCGAACUCAGCCCAGCAUCACUCAGGACUCCCCGCUGCCAGCGCAGACCCCCCCAAAUUGUGGGAUGAAGAUGCUGCCGGAGCAUUCCACAGCCAGGACAGUGCAGGACACGCUCAUGCCGGAGGGAGACCUCAGCAAUGACAUCGAUGCUCUUAAUCCAUCCCUGACUGAUUUUGAUCUCCAAGGGAAUCUUUGGGAGGAGCUAAAAGAUGACAGCCUUGCUGUGGAUCCCCUUGUCCUCAUUUCAUCAUCCCCAGUGUCUUCCCAGUGUUUCCCCUCUCACUGCCAGCUGGAGAACAGCAGCAACAUCCCCAUCCCAAACGGAACUCCACAUGGAAACGUACCCGACCUCCAGCUCACCACCCUGUACUCUGCCUUUAUGGAAUUGGAUACAGUGUCUCCUGCCUACCUAAGUAAUCCUGGAUCCAAACCUAUAGCACUGAUGUGAACCACGUGCCAACCUAGUUAUUAUUAUUAUUAUUUUGUCGAAAUCCAGUCCUAACCAUCACACACUUCCCUAUCUGAUUGAUGUCAGCUGAGACCGUGUCCAUGGGAAUAAGAAUAAUCUUUUUUCCAGAACUCGCCCGCAGGAUAUGUAGCUUUACUAUAAUAAUUUUCUACAGACAGACACUAAAAAAAAAUUUAAAAUACUAUUUAAAGAUAAUAUUGUUAACAGCUGAACUUGGCAACACCAUUUUAUCAAGCCACUCAUCUUCUGCAUCUUCCAGAAACAAACGACUCUAAGAGGAAAACAAAUUAUUGACUUUUUUUUCCUUUUCUUUUUUUCUUUAAUGAAAGCUGCUUGCAAAUGAACACAGAACUCACAGCACACAACAAUUUAACUUAUUUCUUGGAGCCAAUGACGGCAACAUCAUCCACCACAGACCACUCAAAAUAAAAAAAAUCUACAUGUUAAAACAGUUAUAGUCCCCUUGAAAGCAGUUCUGGGUUUUGGUAAACAAGAAUGUGAACUGAAAAUUCUGUAAGUAUUAGAAGAUAGAGGACAAGCUGCUGACAGACUAAACC